UCUCUUGCGCAAUGGACGUCCAGCUUCAGUCCCAGGGACUGGCCCGUCAUUCGCCCGAUCCCAACGCUCACCCGAAGCUCAAUUCUUACCAGCAGCAGCCGCCGCAGCGGCAGCCUUCCACCUCGCCUCACCAGACACCCCAGAAGUCGCGGCGACCGCUCUCCUACCAGCCACAGCCUACGUACCUCGAACCCGGCCGACGCUCGCAUACCGCAUCGCCUCAGGGACGCCCGGCUCCUGUCCCCGUCGCCUCCGGCCGCUUCAACGAGGAGUGGGACGCCAGCCAGCGCGGGAGCUCCAUCCUGCUCGACCAUCGCCGUCAAGGCUCCCCAGUCAUGUCGUCGGGCCCUGCCGUAACCGGACCCGCGGCCAUGCAGCGCUCCAACUCGGUCAACAGCUAUGCCCCCGGCGACGACCGCGCCCUGCCUCAGAGGGGCAACACGCUGAAGAAGAAGGCGUCGCUGCGGCGCAGUGGCCCGGGCAGCUUGGUGCGCUCCAGCAGCCGUCGCAGCGCCCGCGCGGGAAGCGUCAAGAGCCUUGCCCUGCAGAGUGCGACGGAUCCCGACGAGCUGCACAGCGCAUUCUACUGCCCGGUGCCCACCAGCGGUUCUCCGACCGAUGUGCUUGCCGCUCGAUUUCAGACAUGGAGAAAGAUCUUGAAAGACCUCAUUACGUACUAUCGCGAGAUACACUCCCACUAUGACCAAAAGGCCAAGUCGUUCACCAAGCUCUUGAGCGUGUCCAACAACCUUCAGAACCCGACCGCGUUCCUGCAAACGCCCGGCAUCGACGAUGGGCUUCAGAUUAUCCGCAAUUAUAAUAAGCUGGCCCUCCAAGAGGCUACAAAGGCCAAAGAAAUUGAGGAUGAUGUCAUCCUGGCACUGACCGGGCUGAGGAGCGAUCUGCAGCAGAAGAUCAAGGAGAUCAAGCACCUUGCCGGUGACUUCAAGAACUCUGUCGAUAAAGAAAUGGAAGCCACCGGCAAAGCUGUCAAGGCCCUCUCCGAGGCGCUGGGCAAGAAUGAGAUGGACACCUCCACGACCACGGGCAAGCAGGAUCCGUACCUCCUCAGGCUGGCCGUCGACCGCCAGAUUGAGCGUCAGAUUGACGAAGAAAACUACCUGCAUCAAGCCUAUCUCAACCUCGAGGGCUCUGGCCAAGAGCUGGAAUCCAUCAUUGUGGGUGAGAUUCAAAAGGCGUACAAUGCCUACGCUGGCAUUCUCAAGCGCGAGGCCGACAAUGCUCUCGGCGUUGUCGGAGAGCUUCGCGACGGACCAAUUGCCAUGCCCAAGGAUCAGGAAUGGGAGCACUUUGUGUCCACAGACAGCCGGAUGGUCAACCCAAAAAUGCCCCUGCGCUCUGUUGAUCAGAUUCAUUAUCCUGGGCAGGACCACGUCGCGGCGCAGGAGAUCCGCGCCGGUCUGCUGGAGCGCAAGAGCAAGUACUUGAAGAGCUAUACGGCAGGAUGGUAUGUACUUUCAACAACGCAUCUCCACGAAUUCAAGUCGGCAGACAAGGCGCAGGCUCCCAUCAUGUCCCUCUACCUUCCGGAACAGAAACUAGGAUCCCGGUCGAGCGAAGGAGGCCCAUCGAACAAGUUCAUCCUCAAGGGGCGACAGACCGGCGCCAUGCACCGAGGGCACACCUGGGUGUUCCGAGCCGAGAGCCACGAGACGAUGAUGGCUUGGUACGAAGACAUCAAGGCCCUGACGGAGACGUCGCCGGAAGACCGAGUCGCCUUUGUACGAUCCCACUCGCGGAGGAGCACGAGCCGAUCAUCGCACCGGUCCAUCAGCAGCGACGGCCUGGACGAAGAAGAAGACGAGGAGCCUUUUACGGCAACCGAGCAGGACGUCAUCCCCGGACCUCGGUUGGACUCAGCCUCGCGCCGGCCUCAACCAGGUGGGCGGUUCCCAUCCGACAUGCAAGUCAAUGCGCAACGAGGCUUACAGGUGCCUCAAUCACCGUCCAGCGUAGCAUCCAGCCAGGAACCGUCGCCAAGUGCCCAGGUGGUUGCCGCCGCGACCGCGAUCCCGGGAACGGCCACGGCCGCCUACUCCACAGAGAGGUACAACCGAAACGAAGAGGGCCAUCUGGAAUACGGACAGACCGGUGUGACUCCGAUCAACGACGUGCACGCCCAGGCAGUCUUUGCCGAGCAUGAGGCGCAGGUCGACGGUGUCAACCCCUACACGAGCGAGCCACUGGAACAAGGUUAUGGUGAUCAACAGCAUGACCACGCGCCGUUUACCAUCCCGGGCACUCCUCAGAAUGCUGCUGGCAUCAACGGUGUAGCUGGCAGCGAAGGGAGCGAUCUCAGUGGCGGGCACUACACCAACACUGGGGGUGCAGGUGGGCAUGUCAACAUGGCGGCUGUCCAUGCCGGUGCCAUCCCUCGGUCCCAAGUGCAGGCAGACGCCUCAGGACUGCAGGUUCUUCCCGGGCAAGGGGAUACCGCGCAGCCGGUUGGCGGUAACAACCCUGCCCGAGGGGUCAAUGAGGAGAGGAACGCCAGCUCAGUGACGGUGUCUGACCUGCCGAUGCCGGGCAGCUUUCCUUAG